AUGGCGCACGAAAUACUCCAAAUCCCCGACUGGCAGGAGCUAGUCGCGCGCAAGCGCAACGAAUGCCAGGAGAAAAUCCCGCGCGAGUGGAUUUUGAGUGAUGAUCUUUUGAAGGCACCCCCGCAUCUGAUAGAAUAUGAUAUUCCCCGUCGAAGUGGCAUGCUCUCGGAGCUGGAAUUGGAUCUCACGGAUAAUUAUACAGCAUCCCAAUUGCUGGCCAAGCUUGCGUCAGGCCACGUCAGCUCCUUAGCUCUUACGAUUGCAUUGUGUAAACGCGCUGCAAUUGCGCAGCAGCUGACAUCAUGCCUCACCGAGACGUGCUUUCCACAGGCACUGGACCGAGCUCGGUUUUUAGACGAAUAUCUCGCACGAGAGGGAAGGCCGAUCGGUCCACUUCAUGGCUUGCCUAUUAGUAUGAAGGAUAGUUUCUGUAUCGAAGGGCUUCAAUCAACCGUGGGGUAUGUCGAGUUUCUGAAGAACACCCCGGCGAUGCAGAAUUCCGCCUUGGUCGCAAUUCUGUUGGAGCUAGGAGCGGUUCUGUACGUCAAGACCAACAUACCGCAGACAAUGAUGACAGCGGACUCUGAGAAUAAUAUCUUUGGGCGCACUCUCAACCCUCACAACACAUCUCUGACAGCCGGUGGAUCCAGUGGCGGCGAAGGUGCUCUCGUGGCAUACCGUGGAUCAAUUCUAGGCGUUGGCACCGACAUUGCAGGAUCUAUUCGUAUCCCAGCCCUGUGCUGCGGUGUAUAUGGAUUCAAACCGACGGCCAACCGUAUUCCAUUCGGGGGACAGGUAUCCGGUGCGAUGGAAGGCCUACCGGGUCUGAUACCCGCUGCCGGUCCAUUGGGUCACAGUAUUGCCGAUUUGCAAAUGUUCAUGAAGACCGUUCUUAGUGAUGGUAAACUCAUGGAGUAUGACUCUGCUGCAUUUGCUGUACCAUGGCUUACCAGCCCGCGGGCAAUCACUGAGCAUAACGGAAGCCUCUCCAUUGGAGUACUUGCUGAGGAUAAACACUUUCCGCUUCAUCCUCCUAUCAAGCGAGCGUUGAACCAAGCUAUUGAGAAGCUGACUCGUGCUGGUCAUCGCAUCUUUCACCUCGAAAAUCAUAGCGAAGAGCUUUCUGUCGCAUAUGCUUCCCGCCUUGCGUUCGAAUAUUUCAUUUAUGGCCCUUCGGAGGACCAUAUCAAAUCCAGUGGGGAGCCGCUGGUCAAAUCGGUGGCCAGAUUCGAUUCCCCCAUGUUCACUGGUCCGUUCCCGGUUGACAUGGAGUUGGGCACUUUCGAGAAGAUCCAUAAGCUGCAUGAAGCUCGUCAGCGAGUUAAUGAUGCUUGGCGCGAUGUUUGGGUCAAUCAGAAGCUGGAUGUUGUAUUAGCUCCAGGAUCACAGAACACUGCAGUAGCGCAUGAUACCUAUGGCUGGCCACCAUACACGGUGAUGUGGAAUCUGUUGGAUUAUCCAGCUUGUGUCAUUCCAUUUGGCAAAGCUUCCAAAAAGUUGGAUUCGGAGACAAUGGAAACGAAUGAUCAAGUCCAGCCAAACUAUAACCCGGAUGAGGUUGAUGGUGCGCCGUGUGCCAUUCAAAUCAUUGCGCCACGCUUCCAGGAUGAGAAGUGUCUGUGGGCUGCAGAGAUUGUUGACCAAGUCAUUCGAAAUAACUAG